AUGAAGGUUAUGCUGGUCAUGCUGGAAUUUGUGCUGGCCAUGCUGGCAGAAGUGCUGGGCAUGAUGGAACGCGUCGUGGCCAUGCUGGGUGGAUGGGCUGGCAGCGCGGGCGGCGGCGUGACGCUGUCGGCCGAGCCCUCCUGCUGCAGCGGCGCCGCCGACGACGAGGGCGACGGGGGCGACCCGGCCGCGGAGCCCCUGGAGGAAGCGGCCUGCUUCUACGGCGCCGUGAGCCGCGAGACGGCCGAGUGGAUCCUCUGGGAGCGGGGAUGCGCCGACGGCCUGUACCUGCUGCGCCGAAGCGGGCCCGACUACGUGCUCUCGCUCUGCUUCGACCGCAGCGUGCUACACUAUCGAAUACGCAGGCUCGCCGGGGCUGGCGUGGAGCUGUGCGGCCUGCCGGGCCAGCAGUUCCGCGACCCGUGGGCCCUUCUUGAGGGCGUGCAAGGCCUGGCGACGAGACCUUCGCUGCCCUGCAACCGGGCCAGGGACGCUAUGCUGCCGCCCACGCACUGGGGGCUCUCGGACGACACCGUGCGCGCCUUCAUGCUGCUCAAGGCGCGCCAGUGGGGCAUGGACGAGCAGCAGCUGGAAGGCAGUCCCACGCCGCCGUCGCCGCAGGGAGUGCGUCCUGAAGGCAGCCCCGGCCCCGGGGACCUGCGGUCGCUGCUGAGCAAGACCCUGCACGAAAUACAACCCUGGUUCCACGGACCUCUGAGCCGAGCCGACGCCGAGAGGCGACUGCAGGACGCGGGCCACCUGGACGGACGAUUCCUAGUCCGUGAGCGGGACGACAGCAGCUACGCCCUGUGCCUCAGCCACGGUGGCUCGGUGAAGCACUACAAGGUGGACGUGACGCCUAGCGGCGAGUUCGCCAUCCAGGACGGGCAGCGCUUCCCCAGCAUCAUGUCGCUGAUCAGCCACUACACGCUGUUCAGCGACGGUCUCUGGUGCCCUCUGACCGAGGCGUGUGUGCGCCCCGACUGCCACCUGGCGGCCAAGCCGACAACCACUGCCAGCCGAGCGGAGCAACGGCGAAGCUUCGCGGCUACAACCACCACCACUGCACGCACAGGCAUCCUCAACCGGCUCGUCGCGAGCAUCACGCCGCAGCAGGCAAUGGAGCGAUCGCGGACCAUGCCUCGGCUUCGGGCACCUUCGCGGCUCUCCUGCUCGUCGCCGCCCCCGCAGCAACCGCACCAUCAGCACCAUCACCUGCCGGCGGCCUCCACCGGGGCCACCAUCGGCUGCCACCACUCCCCGUCGGGCGCACACACGUCGUCGGGCGGAGGCCGGCGCUCGGCCACGGGCAGCCGGCUGCACAAGGCUUCCAGCUUCGACCACCUGCUACCGGGGUUCAUCAGCUACCUGUUCUCGGGAGACGGAGACCGAAAGACUCUGCGCCGCAAGAGCUCGGGCGGCAAGCGACUGCCGGAGAUGGAGCAGACCCUGCCGCGUCGAGUGCCCUCGGUGCCGUCCGAGUACUCGUGCGAGCGCCCCGUGCCGGCGCCUCGCCACUCGCUGGCGCGCAGGGACUACCAGGAGGAUCCGGUUUACGCGAACCGGCAGGCGCUGCUGCGGCGCGCUGCCGCCGCUGCAGCAGCUGCUGCUGCGUCCGCCGAGUCCGGACCGGCGGCGCCCGUCUCGGACGAGGCGCCCCUCGUGGAAGAGAAGCCCACCCAAGAAGAGUUGGCCCCGCUGAUCGAGCUGGAGAGCCCCCCGCCCGGUCCUCCAACCCCGGUGUCUUCGUCGUCGGUGCCCAACCCCGGCGGACCGUGUCGGCGAAGCGCCUCCUCGCCUAGCGUAGCCACGCGUGCCCUGGUGCUCUCCGACCUGGACUCGUUCCCACAGCCCGUGCCCCUCCCGGACGAGGCUCGGAGCCCGUCUCCCACGCUCAUACUUUUCUCGGAGUGCGGCGACCUGGAGGACGGCCCGUACGAGGAGAUCGACUCGGCGGGCAGCCUCUCGGACUCGGCCACGCUUCCCGGAUCGGACAGCGGUGGCGGCGGCAGCCCGGCCAGCGGCCGCCUCAUCGACGACUCCCAAGAGGACGAACCUCAUCUCCCCAAAGACAAGGACUCGAGCGCGCCGGCCUCGCCCGAGCGAUACCUGCCGCCGGCGGCCGGUUCAGAUGGUGGUCUCAAACCGUGGCUGUCGAAAGAGGAGUCCGAGUCAGCUUACCAGGCCAUGAAGCGCUUCGUCAGCGGACCCAUGAGCCUCGACCCCAAGCUUAUCGCCCUCAAGGACAGAAUCGGCGUCGGCAACUUUGGCGAAGUGCACCGUGCCUUGUUCGGCAGUGGACCCGUGGAAGUCCAGAUAGCGGUGAAGAGACUCAGGGACACAAUAGUUGGCGAUCAUAAGGAGGAAAUCAUGAACGAGGCGCAGACCAUGGCUCAACUAGAUCACCCGCACAUCGUUCGUCUCAUCGGGGUAUCCCAGAGCCAAUCGCUGAUGCUGGUCAUGGAGCUGGCUCCACUAGGGCCCCUAAACCGUUUUCUCAGGCUUAACAGAUCCCAGCUCCGGCAGGACGGCGCCGGCCGCGUGCUGGCACUGGCAUCGCAAGUGUGCGGCGCCAUGGCGUAUCUGGAAGCGAGGCAGCUCGUCCACCGGGACCUGGCCGCGCGGAACGUCCUCCUGGUCAAUGACCGCUUCGCCAAGGUCUCAGACUUUGGCAUGACGCGAGCGCUGGGCUCCGGCAAGGACUACUACAAGGCGCAGGCGGCGGGCAAGUGGCCUCUCAGGUGGUACGCGCCAGAGUGCAUCUACUUCUUCAAGUUCAGCACCAAGUCGGACGUGUGGAGCUUUGGCGUUACCCUCUGGGAGGCCAUGUCUUACGGGGAGAGGCCCUACCAAGGUCUGGCGGGCCAGAGCAUACUGGCAAUGCUGGAAAGUGGCAAGCGACUGGAACAGCCUGACGACUGUCCUGACCGGGUUUACCAACUUAUGCAAUCCUGUUGGCAGUACAAGCCCGAUGACCGACCCUCGUUCACUGAAAUCUGCGCCACGCUACGAGAGGCCCUAGAAGACUGCACCUGACUGGGCGCUCAUGACACGGCCAGCGAGACCAAGUGUCCGAGUGGUUCAAGCGUCGAUGGCUUAGACGCUGCCAUUAACCCGACGUCACCGGUACAGCCGGCUCCUCAGCCGGGAACACAGUACCUCAAGGCACCAAUCUGUGAUGUUGUUACCGCAGUUUAGACUCGGAAGGCGCCACCACGGAACCGUCGACAAAUGCUCAUGAAGCUUGACCGUUGCUUCGUCGGUCGGUCGGUCGGUCAUUAUGAGGGGCGUGCUUGAAAAGCGUUCUAUUUCAUGACCGACACCGCUUCCAGAGUGGUAUAUAAGGCCAAGAACACACUUGAGUUUUCGGACCCACAGUAAUAUGACUGCCGAGGGAAUGGAAUAAGUUAAAAAGAAACAUACGCAGUUACCUGCAGACUUCUUCAAUCAUACCAUUUCCGAAGCUCCUCUUCAAACACAAGGUAUUCACGAGUACCUUUAUGUGGAACGCUACGUUUACCUCACGUAUGCUGCACCAAGUGAACAAUAAGAUUAAUCUCGUCAUCACCAUUUGCCUAUUAAAAAGAGCUGCCAAUGGCUGGCUAAAAAAAUUGUGGUGCUGAUGGAAAAUGGGGUUUAUUUGGCUUUAUUCACAGUGGACGUAGAUAACUUCUUUUUUUCGCUGUGCUCAAAACACAGCAUAUCAUAGUUAAUUUGUUCUUCGUAGGUAACGUGACAGUCGGUCCCGUCACCUACAGCCAUUUACUGUGUUUGUGUUUUCAUAAAUGGGAUCAGUGGAGAGUUCUGCCACUGGUAUGAUUGAAGAGCUCUGGUUGCAAGGCGUUCAAACCUUCGAAGGACAUGACGUGCAUAUUGAACCGAGAGGUGUCCGUUAAGUCUAGCGUACUACCGGCCGCCAUCUUCCGAAUUUCGAACGCGUGUACGCUACCGGUUCUCUUUGUGAGGGCAAGCAAGCCGCGAGACACCAGGUCGUCUAGUUAGAGCUUAUGAAGUCAUCAUUACGCACAACGACGUUUCACUUUUGAGGGGCACCCAUGCAGGUCCAGGGAUUGGGACGCAAAAAUAGCACUCGAAAAGGCACGUUUAGUAUUUUUCAGCCUUUACUGGGAAUGCAAAAAUCAAUGGCCAUCUGUACGGUGUUCAGCUCAAGUAAAGGAAAAAAACACACGCACGUUCCAAGAGAGGGAGUUUUUAGUGAUUCUUCAACAAGCUGAAGCUUCCCGGCUGUCGCACUUUCUUCGGUACAAUUUCUCUGCAUUCAUUCCGCUCAGGUCUUCUGGUGAUGAUUCCUCGAUAAUGUACAAUUACGAUCAAAAUCGGCGUCACAUCUCAAUGCAUGAAGUCGUCAAUAUUUUGUAAAAUUCCGAGUCCAGUUUUGAAUACUGCCUUCAAGAAAGUGUAAAGUUUGGGAGCAUAUCGCAGAUAAGGAAAACCCUUCGGUGACUUUUUUAAAACAUCGCGACUCUUAUAGCGUUCAAACAUUAGGCGGCUGGAAUGUGUUUGAGGGGCUGUUAUGGAACUUAAGAAGCAUUGUUUUUGUCCAGUGUUUGUUCGGCAGACUUCACGCAAGUCUCGAAUGUCCUAACGAAUCAUUUAUCAGGCCCUUCUGCUUGUUUUCUGUCUUCACGUUCAUUCUUUUGAAGAAACAACAAUCGUCAAUAUCCAAGGUAACGGACGCCACAGUGUUCUGAAGUCUUUUAUUUGUCCUAUGAAGGCGCUGCGGAGGCGUCGGUUCAUAACGCUAAUUCAGUUUCUUGAGCUUCACAUCUUGACACGCAUACCUGUUAGCCUUGUUCUCGACAACUUUUCGGAAAUGUUUUCAGCAUAAUUUUACUUAAAAGGCCCUGAUCCCAUAUUCUCUUUCAAGAGUUCGUUUAUUGCAUCGUUUGUAAAACGUUGCAAGUUUAUGCUAUUUUUCUUCUCACCUUUGAAAGUGGGCGUGCGUCAAGUGCAGUUCUAGAUUCAACAAUGAAAGCUGCAUAGAAGAACGCAUUUUCAUUUACACUGAGGCGUACAAAAAAUGCGUGCUCCUGUGGACUCCGUAUUCCAGGAAGCCAAUAUUCUACAUAAACUUGAUGUUCCGGAAUUCGGUGCGAUCUCAUACAAAACCCACUGGUCAUAACGGGUUAUUGGAUAUAAGAGCCAUGAUGCACAUGCCUUUUUCGAUAGAGCUAACCUGCCUGUUACUAUAUUGUCCAUCUUCUCUUUCCAUAUCGAUAAUAGCUUUGAACUCAGCCUUAAUUAUUCAGACUGCUUAAAGGCUCGACAGCCCACAUAACGUCAUUGGCACAUGACAAUGUUGUUUCGGUUCCGAGCAUUCGGAUUCAUGUAGAUUCCAAUGACGUAGCUUUGAAUUACCAUCAAAGCGUCCACACACAACACGCACGCGCACACUUUCAAAUUGCCCAUGCAAAUGCGAUGUGGUGUCACAUGUUUCAGAAUAGAAAUAGUUUUCGAGUUCAGCUGGCACAAAAUAAGUGAAGCCCGCUUUCUGUACCACAAGCAGAUAAUUCUUGAACUUGCUAUCACGUUAUAGUAAUAUCGCUUAAAUAAUUGUUUUUAUUGAUUGAAAGUGGUUCGCUUCUUUGUGACCCUUUUGCCAUAAAACCGGCAUUGCACCAGCACAUCGCCGGUGACGCUCAUAAGCCUUAACUAUAAAAAAUACUUCAACGCAAUCAUUUUCCCAAACUUCCCGAUAUAUCUCGCAUUAAAUACAAUAAAUGCUAUAUGAGACAACGAAAUUUCACCAACCUACCAUAAUAGUGUACACAGAAGCACGUUGUAAGGAAAAAAAUACCGGGCCGACCGCAAGGAAAAUCACAUGCAGAAUGCGUUCUACAUCGGGAUAGUGGUCAGGCUCAACACGCUUCAGGUACCGAAUCGGCAGAAUCUGUCCGGUGGGAAACAUUUGUCCGGGCUUCGAUGGAGAAGACCAUGUCGGCAAGCUGUCGUUAUAAAUCGAGAAUGCGUGGCCAUAGGCUAGAUGGGGAGAUGUUAAAAUUUGGUGAAUUCAUAACGCCGCAAGGACACUAUUGUCAUUGCUAAAGUUCUAUUGUCAUUGUUAAAGUGCCCAAAGUGUGCCAUAUGGUGUUUGAUUUUUGUAAACAGACCACAUUAUCUUACUGCGAUAACAUGUUCUUUCGCACCUUAUUCGUAAUCUUGUUGCACUGGUUGGGAGUGGUUGUAACGGUGCUUAUAACGACCGAAUACGGGGUAAUAGCUUCCUAUACCUUGUAGGACGGUUCAGUGAAAAUUGGCUUUUCAAUCCACAGUUGAUUGUAUUAGUUGUGUAUCUUGUCCCAAAUCACCGUUUGCCAUUUUCAUUUUCAUGAAUGAAAGGUAGCAUUUGUUCUGCGCUCCGCCAUUCGAAUGGGUGAAGUUUCCAUUAUUUUUCGCCCUUGGUUUGAUCGGGCAUCACAAUGCUUAGAUUACCUGCACUGUUUCCGUUAUUGUUUAUUCAUUCUGCUUCUUACAGUUACAUAUAAAUACAGAGAGAAACAUAUUCUGACUUGCUCAAAUUUUAAACAGCCAUGAAAAUUUGCGUAGAAGAACCUAUCACGAAUUCCAUCAUCAUUUGAUCAUUGCUCAAAUAGCGUCAGUGCAAGAUACCCGUCCUGAUCUCACAAAACUAAAAAGAAACAUUACAUGGUCGUUGCGAUUUCAUUGCGCACUGAGGGCGUAGAAAAGUCUGGUUUCCAUUGCUCGCUAUUUAUUCACCCCCAGUUUUCUCGCGAACACAAAUUUUAUGGAAUGCAAAAAAUAAAUUUCCAUCGUGUAAAAAAUACCUUAGCCUACUUUAUUUGCUUCAACUAAUAGUAGCAAGGUUUCGACUAGGAAAAGUGCGAAAGCGUCCGGAUUAAAUAUGCAACUACUUAACAUUUAAUGUCGGACGUGACUUCUGCAUGGGAAGACUCGAAAUCGUUCAGCAGUACCUAACUGCAGGUGACGUCAAA